GUGAUGUUAACAGUGGUUUUGCGCUAGACAAAAUAAUCGCCAGAACUCUGAUUUAUUUAUUAAAUAAAUAACGAAAAUGAAUAAGAAUUGUAGUGUGUGUUGUGCGUGUUUUUCGGUAUCGUUUAGUGGCUCGAGAAUUGCGCUAGUAUUCGUGUCGACAGACCGUAAACUUUGAGCGAAUGCUGUAAAGUGAUUUGAAAAAAAAGUUGUGACAAUCUGGGUUUGCCAGUAAAAGGGGUAUGAUUUCAAGCCAUGGGAGCACAGAAUACCAAGGAAAGGACCGUAUCUGCUGGAACCCAUUCAAUUAGAACAACAAGAAAUAGACCGAGACCUGUAAAAGAUGGACGACAAACAGUCUCUAACAUUUUUACAGAGCACAGCGAUCCACUAUAUCUAAUUAAAAAACUUCUAGUUAAAAAUGAAGCUCUUCUCCAAAGCCGACCCCUGCCGCACAUCCCCAGCCUGCCCGAGACGGACCCCCCGUCCGGAGGGGGAUCGGGGGGCGGCGGCUCCACCGCUUCCGGCGCCGCCGCCUCCUCCACCCUCUCGUCUAGUGGAGGGGCUAGCGGAGGGACCGCCGGCGGUGCCUCCACCCCCCUCUCCCUGGAGACGGCGGCGAACCGGUGGACCUCCAAGGAGAACCUGUUGGCCCAGGAGGAGGACGACCCGCAGCUGUUCGUGGCGCUGUACGAUUUCCAGGCGGGCGGCGAGAACCAGCUUAGUCUCAAGAAGGGUGAACAAGUACGAAUACUGAGCUACAACAAGAGCGGAGAAUGGUGCGAGGCGCAUUCGUCUUCCAAUUUGGUUGGGUGGGUGCCAUCCAACUACGUCACGCCCGUCAAUUCGCUGGAGAAACAUUCGUGGUACCACGGGCCGAUAUCGAGGAACGCCGCAGAGUACCUGCUCAGUUCUGGAAUCAAUGGUAGUUUUUUAGUUAGGGAAUCGGAAAGCAGUCCCGGCCAAAGGAGCAUAUCGUUGAGAUACGAAGGGCGGGUAUAUCACUAUAGAAUAAACGAAGAUCCCGAAGGGAAGGUCUACGUCACCGCCGAAAGCAAGUUCAACACGCUGGCCGAACUAGUCCACCAUCACUCGAUGCUUUCCGAUGGUCUGAUAACUCAAUUACUCUAUCCCGCGCCCAAACACAACAAGCCCACUGUCUUUCCGCUCAGUCCCGAGCCCGACGAAUGGGAAAUCAACAGGACGGACAUCGUUAUGAGGCACAAACUGGGAGGAGGACAAUAUGGCGAUGUAUACGAAGCAGUAUGGAUACGGUAUAACAUGACUGUUGCUGUGAAAACGCUAAAGGAAGACACGAUGGCUUUAAAGGACUUUCUGGAAGAGGCCGCUAUCAUGAAAGAAAUGAAACAUCCGAAUUUGGUUCAGUUGAUGGGAGUGUGUACUAGAGAACCUCCAUUUUAUAUUAUAACUGAGUUUAUGAGCAAAGGUAAUUUACUCGACUAUCUGAGGAACGGCAACAAGGAACAGAUAGACGCAGUAGUUCUAAUGUACAUAGCGACGCAAAUAGCAUCCGGAAUGAGCUACCUGGAGAGCAGGAACUUUAUUCAUCGAGAUUUGGCGGCAAGGAAUUGUUUAGUCGGAGAAAAUCACUUGGUAAAAGUGGCGGACUUCGGUUUGGCUAGGCUGAUGCGGGACGACACUUAUACUGCACAUGCAGGUGCAAAGUUUCCGAUAAAAUGGACUGCGCCCGAGGGACUAGCUUAUAAUAAAUUCUCAACGAAAUCAGACGUAUGGGCCUUUGGGAUACUUUUAUGGGAAAUUGCUACGUACGGUAUGUCUCCCUAUCCAGGCGUAGAUCUUACAGACGUUUAUCAUAUGUUAGAAAAAGGUUAUAGGAUGGAGAUACCUCCAGGUUGUCCUCCAAAAAUAUAUGAGCUAAUGAGACAGUGUUGGCAGUGGCAUGCAAAUGAUAGACCAACGUUUAAGGAAAUUCAUCAUGCUUUGGAAAAUAUGUUUCAAGAAUCAAGCAUUACAGAAGAGGUAGAAAAACAACUACAGGGUAACGAAAUUCCUGUUCCCAUGGGAACACCGCAUAUGUCUUACAAAAAAUCUCAUUCCGGAAGCACAGGCAAUAUUCAUGGAUUGGUUGAAUUGUCACAUCAAGACAAUUUGAACAGUAUUGCGACCAAACUAACCACUUUUACGGGAGGUAGUACAAAAAAUAGCUUGGUACAGAUGAGGAGAACGACAAAUAAAAAAGGAAAGACUGCACCUGCGCCACCAAAAAGGACUAGCCUGCUGUCUUCUUGCAGCUCCUUUCGGGACAGCACCUUCGACGAGCAGGGUCAGGCCGACCACGGACACGACGACGGAUCAGAACUAAAUGGUAUACUUAAAAAACGAUUCAAAGGCCUAACACGUGAAAUGCAAAACUUAACCGCUAGCACCAAAGGUGAUAGCGAAAGCGAUUUUCAAGAUCAAACUCCCGAUACCGACGAUUCUGGGGCUCAUUCGUAUCCAGAAGUAUCAGCGGCGAGUAGUUUAGGCGCUGGCGGUCUGGGAUCUUUCAAAAGGGCGCCUAUCAUGGGCAACCGAGGACUAGAGCAGCGAGGCAAGAAGGGAAAGACGAAAGACUCACCAGCGGUCCAAGUGGCUGCUUUGGAAGUACAGAACGUUAGGAAAGCCAUCAGUCGAUACGGUACUCUUCCUAAGGGAGCCCGGAUAGGAGCGUAUUUAGAAUCUCUACGUCAGAGUGGAGUAUCUUCGACAGAUGAAAGCACCGUUCAAAAUCAUCAAUUACCUAGUGAAUCCUCUUCUAUAGUUCCCAGGUCGUUGUCUCCUAGAACCAAUAUCAGGACUCAGCCUCAAAUGAUUAGGAGUAAUUCCUCCAGUGGAGUAACUACCUUUCAUGCGCCCCAUCCCCCUAGUUCUCCAACGUCUUCGAAACUUUCGAGAAACAGAAAUUUAACUAGGAAUAACACCGAUGGAGUUAGAUCAAGCUUGCGUACCUUUAAAACAACCCAAAGCACAUUUAGAGGAGGCAGUCCCUCCCGAUCGGUACCACCUCCCACUUUGGCCGAUCUUGAGUUUCCACCUCCUCCGACUGACUUACCGCCUCCUCCCGAAGAGUUCGACGGCGUAGGCACUAUCGAUACCGUAGAUUGCAGUACUUCUCUCAUGACCUCGUCUACGGAACAUAAGAAAAAGAUCGUACCUAUGUCGCCGAUGUUACCAAGCAAAAAGAUCAACAGGGAAGCUCUGGAGAGUUUAGAUGGUGGAGGGGACGUGUGUACAUUACAGCCGUCGGUAGAGGAAGCUAGUUCAAGGUUCGGCGUAAGUUUAAAGAAACGUGAGCUUUCGUCGGACAGUUGUAGUAGCGUAAAGGACAAUCUCAACAAGGAGGAGAACAAAUUCAGGGAGGAGAAAAGUCCACAACGAACCAGUUUAAGUCUCACGAGUCCUAGUCACGACGGUAAAAGUCCCAUGAGCGUUGAUUCCGAUGUUCCUGCGGUCGGUUCUCCUCUGGAACCACUGCCGCCUCCGCCUCAUUUUCCAGACACGGGAGUAGAUGAGGUAGACUCGUCAGAAAAUUGCAAUCAGGAGGAUUUGACGUCAACAGAAGACAAUAAAAAUUCUUCGAAAGUGUUCAAAAAUAAGUUAGUGAAAAAGGAGAUGGAACUCAAGUUAGUAGCCGAGAUUAAAGAGCGAGCGGAUCAGAAACAAGGGAGAAAUCUUAAAGACUCAUCAUUUGAAUCUAUUUUGGCUGUGAGUGGUAUUGGCCACGAUCCUGUAUCUCAAUUAGUUACUGAAUUGUCGCAGUCGCUAAACUUAGAAAAAGAAAUGGCUAGAAAGAACUCGUUGGGUAGCAGUACAUUAAAGAGGCAACAGGAAGUUCAGGAUCGAUCUGAGAAGGAAACUAAUGGAGUUAACUUUGUCUCUCAAUUAAAGAAAACCGAUAUCAAGAAGCCGUUGACCAAAGAGAAAAGUGACGUUAGCGACUCGUCGAUGAUCAUAGGUAUUAAGUCUAAACUUAGGAAAGUGGAGAGUGACAAGAAAGCUGAUAAAAAAGAAGGUGAUAGAAUAGAAGACAACGAAUCUAGUACGGAAUCAACUAACAAAAGAGAAAGUACAGCGAGUACAGAUAGUGGUAAUUUGAAAAUCGAAGAUGGCGACGAUAAGAGAAAAAGCACUGGUAGUAUAAGCAGUUUGAAGAAGUUAUGGGAAGCCAAGGACUCCGACUAUGGCAGUCUUCAACUAAGUCCCAAAUUGUCUUUGAAGAAUACAAAGGGGGAUGAUAUUUCGGAGCAUUCUCCGAUCGAUAAUUCUGAUGAUUCUUCAAAGAUGGAGAGAAGUGUUAGUUCAGAAAAAUCCACUACAAAAAGCGAUAAGAAAUCUUGGCUACCGGGUACCGAAGAAAAGCCUGUCAUUCCUAUUAAACCUCCUGUUAAAGCUGUUAAACCUUUAGUCACACGACCAUUAGGUCCUACCAUAUAUGCUACGCCCAUAGCGCCAGGAACCAAACCUCCCAUAUCCGUGAAACCUGUUAGUACCGAGACGAACAACGCUAAUAACACCAACAAAUCUCCAGACGAAGAUAGUCAAAAAAUGACGACUUCGACCAGUUCAGUGGAUAAAACUGGAAAGGAGAAUAUUUUGGAAAUUUCUCAGGCUUUGGAGAGUACUUUAAACACUAUAAAAACUACUCCAGCCGUAUCGGCGGCAGCGUGGCUUCAGUUGUCGGACAAGAUAGGCCUUCUGCACGGUUCCUGUAUGGACUACGCGGACAACGUGGUACCCGCCCAUACGAAAUUUCAGUUUAGGGAACUGCUGAACCGACUGGAACUGCAGGGCAGGCAGAUGAGGUCGGCCAGCAGCCGAAACCAAACUGAGAAUACUAGGUGCAUUAACGAAGUCAACAAUACUAUCAAAGAUGUUGUGAAUGUCGUAUUCCGAUAGAAAACAAUAUAAUAUUAGCUUUUUUCAAGCUUCGGUCUUGGUUUAACUGGUUCAUCGCGACUGCAUUGGAAAGGUUUUUUUUUGAGAAUUUAUAAAAUUUAUCAAGUGUUUUAUCUUUCUGAUGACCGACACCCGAUAUAAUUUAAGCACAGGGUGUGCUAAAAAGUUUGCAACAAAUGGAAACAUCAUUUAUCAUGGAUUUUUAUAAAAAAAAAAUGUAUGGGGAAUUGUUUCAGCAUACACAAUAACAUAAAAUAAAUAUUUUGACAUAUAUGUCAUCUAAUAACUGUGUAACGCUUGUACUUUCUAAAGAGCAGCUACUGACGCUGAGUUGUCUUAAAGUCUUUCUCGGGCGCCACCUCUAAUAGUUGAGAGGUUAGAGGUCCACUAUUGCCAGUAUGGGUAGCUUUUAUACCCAUUUCAUUUUAUACUCAUUCCAGUGGAGAAUCUAGAAAGUUGGGUUAAAAUCAGUUAAAGUAUCCGAUGUAAAAUAAAAAAA